AUGGAGCUGGUCCAGACGGCGACCACCACGCAUCAGGCGUGGUACUACGGUGUCGAGCUCUGGGACAACCCUGCCGGACUCGCCGUCUUCCCUUGGUCUGCCCCUACCGUCCCGAUCAUGGCCGGAAUCAUCGCCGCUAUCGCUCAGCUCUUCUACGCAUGGCGUGUUUGGGCUUUGGCGCCGAACUGGGUCUUCAAGGGCAUGGCGGUCCUCAUUACUUUGCUCGCGCUUCUACAGUGCUUCACUGCUGUGGUGGCCUCCGCUAUCUUCGCGGCAUUCCUCACUCCUGAGAAGCUCGACGAGCUGCACCCAGAGUUUGAGCUCUGGGUCUCCGCAAGUUUCGUCACCGACGUGCUCAUCGCCGCAUGCAUGCUCUGGAUCCUGUACACCGCAAAAAGCCAGACCAUGUGGUCUCGGUCCAACAACAUCUUCGGACGCCUGAUCGGUAUCACCGUCGGCACUGGCCUCGCCAUCGCGCUCUGCGGUGCCCUGACUCUCGCGCUCUUCGCCACGACCGUUGGCGCCAGUUUCCAGUACCUCCCUGCGUAA